CGGAAGAAUACGUCAAUUACUUCCGGAUUACUAAAAAGUUUCAAAAAGUUUUUAAAACUCGUUAAUUUGAAGUGUUAUCGUGUCUUAAUCGUUAAAAGGAUGCAGGUCGAAUAGACACUUAACAUGUGAAGACAAGCUCUGGUGGUGUCACACCCUCAUUUUCGAUGCAUUUCAUUGGUCAAUAUAUAAAUGUUUACGAUUGGAUUACACUGACUGGUUAGAUGAUAUCAUGGCCAAUCAGUAUAUCAAGGAAGGCUAUAUGACCAAGAAGUCUAUAAACAAAAGAACAAUAUUCUCACCUGACAAUUUUAAAGCACGAUGGUUCACAUUGGAUAACGUAGCUCUUCGAUAUUACGAUGGAAGUCUUGAGAAAGGCAAGACUAAUGAGAAAGGGAAAGUUGAAAUAUCAAGUAUUAAAGUUGUAGAAGAAGUAGAGGAUGGCAAACUAGAGGGAAAAUUAAAUACUUUUCAGAUUGGUUUCCAUGACAGUAGUGAGCAACAUACAUUGUACAUUACUGCUCAGACUGACGAUAUGAGAAAAGAUUGGGUCCAAGCUAUAAGGGAUGUUUGUCAGUCGCAAGGUGUUGAGUUUGAUUUGAAGUACCACUCAGGCGUUUUCCAGAGAAAUUUGAAACGAUUCAACUGCUGUGACCAAAUUAACAAAAAUUCACCGGGAUGUCAGCCAACUUUUAAUCAACCAGAAAAUGCAAGAAAACAAAAUGGUUUGGCAGGUUCCAGUACGCUGUCAGUACGAGACACGCCUCUCCCUCCAAUACCACCAAACACUCCAGCGAGGGAUCCACGGAAUAGUAAAACAUUUGUCAUUGCCUUAUAUGAUUACCAAGGGGCAGCCGAUGGAGACCUUUCAAUUACAAAGGGUGAAGAGUAUGAGGUGAUAGAUAAUUCCAAAGAACAUUGGUGGACAGCAAAAAAUAAGAAGGGGGAAAAGGGGUACAUACCAGCCAACUAUGUAGAGGUUGUAACAUCAACUGGACUAGAAAGCUAUGACUGGUAUCAUAAAAACAUAACCAGGCACCGGGCGGAAGAGAUGUUAAAGGCAGAGGGGAAAGAGGGCUGCUUUAUCGUACGUGAUUCCAGUACUAAAGGAAUGUACACUGUCUCAAUAUACACAAAAGAAAGCGGCACCAUGGUAUUACAUUACCAUAUAAAGCAGUUCAACGAUGGGAUGUUUUACAUUUCUGAGAAAUUCAAGUUUCCCACAAUUCCUGAUGUGAUUAAGUACCAUAAAUGCAAUUCCGGGGGCCUUGUAGUUCGCCUAAGGUCUCCACCUACGGGGACUUCCCAGCCUUCAACUGCAGGGUUUGGUCAUGAUAUCUGGGAGAUUGAUCCAACUGAACUAGAACUGUUUGAAGAGCUAGGCCGAGGUCAAUUCGGGAGCGUAAAGCGUGGCAAAUGGCGGAAGAACAAGUCUGUAGCUGUCAAGAUGAUGCAGCAAGGAAUGAUGAAUGAAGAUGAUUUCAUUGAUGAAGCAAAGACAAUGAAGAUGUUACAACAUGAAAACCUAGUCCAGCUAUACGGUGUAUGCUCCAAACAACGUCCCAUCUAUAUUGUGAUAGAAUAUAUGAAACAUGGAUCUCUAUUGAAUUAUUUGAAAAGGCAAAGAGGUGUGAUACUAAAGAAACCUAAUAAACUGCUGGAUAUGUGCUUACAGGUUUGUCGUGCAAUGAAGUAUUUAGAAAGCCAGUCAUUCAUACAUAGGGAUUUGGCAGCUAGGAAUUGUUUAGUAGGAGAUAAUCUUGUUGUAAAGGUUGGAGAUUUUGGAUUAGCCAGAUAUGUAUUAGAUGAUGAGUACACAAGUUCUAGUGGGACGAAGUUUCCCAUUAAAUGGGCCCCACCAGAAGUUUUGGGCUACACAAGGUUUAGCAGCAAGUCGGAUGUCUGGGCCUUUGGUGUUCUUAUGUGGGAGAUCUUCACAGGAGGUGAUAUGCCAUAUGGGAAGAUCAAGAACCAAGAAGUAGUGGAACAGGUUGUACACCAUGGGAAACGCCUGGAGAAACCCCAAGCUUGUCCCGGAGAAGUAUACGACAUUAUGAUGGUCUGCUGGGAAAAGGACGAGAGAAACAGACCAGGCUUUGCUGUACUAGAAAAUAAAUUAGCAAAUCUAUCAGACGAUGACUACUGCUCCUGAGUCAUGAGUAUUAUAUUAUUAUAUACAGUAUAAAGUACUUGUAUAAAUAAACGAGUAUAAAAGCACUAGUAUAUGAGCACUAGUAUAAAAGUAUGAGGCAGUAUGCUUUGCAUAGAGUGCUGUUGAACCAUUCUUGGUUAUUCUCCAAAGGAAGUCAACAGCAGACAUUGUAAACUGAAUCUAGAUUUUACAUGGCACGUUUAAAGUGUAUUCUAUAUUCUCUUGGAAUAUUGGAAAAAAUGCAUAUGAAUAUUUAAAUUUAAUAUCAUCACAAAAACAGAUUGAAGCACAGAUCUGUAUUAGAUUUUGACAUAUCUUUGAUCAAGAAAAAUCAAAAGGUAUUAUCAGAAAAUCGGACCAAUGUUGACAUUGUUAAGUGAACACAUAUAUGUAUAAUAUUGUACAAAUAUUUAAUUCUAUUGAGG